AUGAAGUUCCAAAAUCUUACCGGAAUUAUUGUGCUACUAUGUCAAGCAACAUCGAUUUCUGCUGCAUUGCUGGUCCCAAGGUCGUCGUCUAGUUCAUUGAAGCUUCCAGGCGCAAUGGACGACAUCAGAGCUGCUGUCACCAGAAUAAAGAACAGUGGAGUUGGAUGGAAAUCUCCAAAUGAUGCAGUUCAAAAACGUGCCAAAAAAUUAGGCUAUGAAUUCCUAAUACCCAUUCCAAUUAAUGAUGAGUGGAGCAAGAGUAAUGAAUAUAAUUAUGUUACUAAAGACAAGAACGGAGAUCUUAAUCUCUGGGUUACUACAACAGGCACGGGGGCGUUAAUCUGGGAAAGCCCGAUUCCUUGGCCCCAAUAG